AUGGCCAUUGGUCUGUUUUUCAAUUACGGCUGCAAGAACAUAUGUUUCAUUUUAACAUUUACCAUUUUUAUUCUGCUCCUAAUUAUUGCUUCUCCACUGACUUCAUCAUCGACACCUGAUGAUGGCUCACAACCAACCAGUUGGGUCCACACAAUACAAAUGCCCAAUGUAACCACAGACAAGGAAGAUAAAUAUUUAUGCAUUGAUUAUGAUUUCUCCAUUAAAUCAAAACAUUUUUUGACUGGAUUUGAAGCCAAACCGGAUAAUCCUAACGUCCACCACAUGUUGUUAUUUGCAUGUUCUGGAAAAGCUCGAAGUUCAAAGGCAUUUGAAUGUCUUGGUGGAUGUUUUUUAGAAAGAAUUUAUUUUGCCUGGGGUAGAAAUGCUCCACCUACAAAUUUACCAAAAGGUGUCGGCUUCAAACUAGCAACUGAUGGCAUCGACUUCCUACGUUACCAAGUGCACUACAAAACAAUUGUCAACACGAGUGAUCAAUCAAGUUUGAAAUUAACCUUCACUACAGAUCCACAACCAUACACAGCUGCUGUAUUACUCAUGCUCAAAAAUUUUCUCAAAAUUCCAGCUCAUACAAAGUUAACGAUUGGAAAUGUGUCCUGCAGGUAUAAUUUACAGGCCACUAUGUACCCCAUUGCAUUCAGAGUUCACGCUCACAUGCUCGGCAGAGUGAUUAGUGCUUAUGUUAAGAAGAGCUCUGGGUGGAAGUUGAUUGGCAAGGGCAAUCCACAGUGGCCCCAGGCUUUCUGGCCCACAAAUGAUAAAGAAUUGGUCAUAGAAAAUGGAGAUUUUAUUGCUGCCAAAUGUGUUUAUAAUUCAGAACAUUAUGAUGUCGAUGUGAACAUUGGCUCCACACACAAUGAUGAGAUGUGUAAUUUUUAUCUUAUGUACUAUAAAAAUUCAUCUGAUUCUGGUGAAGUUAAUUUUUGUGAUAAAGAUGAAUAUACAGAUAUUUCUAGAGAUGUACCAGGUUUCGCCUUAGAAGAACUACCACCCAAUCCUGAUUUAGAAGAUGUAGGUGAAGGUCACAAACAUCACCACCACCACGUCCAAAGCAACAUAUCUACUGAGGCCCAAUUAAACAUUUCAUUGAAACCUGCUUCAAACUGGCCAAUGUUAACGAAUGGCAUGGAGCUUGGUGAGGUCACUGGCCUGGCAACUGAUCGAUUUGGCUUUAUGUAUUUGUUCCACAGGGGUAGCACUAAAUGGAUGUCUAACUCUUUUGAUGAGAACUUCAUAUACACCGGCAGAGAUCAGCCACCAAUUGAAGAUAACACCAUUCUAAAAGUUAAUAUAUCAUCUGGCGAGGUUGUUAAAAUGUUUGGAAAGAAUAUCUUUUACAUGCCCCACGGAAUAUUUGUUGAUCACGAGGGAGCAAUAUGGCUGACUGAUGUAGCCAUGCACAAUGUCUUCAAGUUCCCUACAACUCUUGAAGACAACCCACAAGCAUCACCCUCCUUAAUAUUAGGUGAGAAAUUCAUUCCUGGACUCGAUAACGUUCACUUUUGCAAACCAACUGAUGUCGUAGUGGCCCCAACCGGUGAGGUGUACGUAAGUGAUGGCUACUGCAAUUCGCGGGUGAUUGCAUUCGAUCGAUUCGGUAAUUUUUUGAAGGUAUGGAGGGUUGGAGAGGACGAAAACACGUAUUAUCUGCCACACAGUAUCUCAAUGGAUACUCAAACUGGGACGAUUUUUGUAGCCAGCAGAUCGAGCCAUAGCUUGUACAUCUACUCAGUAGCCGGAGAUUUUAAGAAGAAGAUAACAUCUGAUGAUUUUAUUCCAGAACUUUUUUCAGUGGCUUAC